GAAACGCUCUGGGGAGAAAAAGAAAUAUCCCGACCGAGUCCCGGUUAUUGUGGAGAAGGCGCCCAAAGCCAGAAUAGGAGAUCUGGACAAGAAGAAAUACCUGGUACCCUCCGACCUUACAGUCGGACAGUUUUACUUCCUGAUCAGAAAGAGAAUUCACCUCCGGGCAGAGGACGCUCUCUUCUUCUUUGUCAAUAAUGUCAUCCCCCCAACCAGUGCCACCAUGGGCCAGUUGUACCAGGAGCACCACGAGGAGGAUUUCUUCCUGUAUAUUGCCUACAGUGAUGAGAGUGUAUAUGGCAUGUGAGUGCCCCGCCUCCUCCAGGAGCCCUGAGUCCCGCCUCCUCUCUACUUCCUGCUUCAUCAGCUGUAACCUUUUUACUUCCUGUUUGCUUCAUUGUGCCCUUUGGGGUGUAUUUCUUUUUUGGGGGUGGGGCUGCUUAUGAUUUAACUAUAAAGCCUAUUGUGGGACAGAGUAACUGCCCUUCCUGACCCUUUUGUGGGGCAUUUGCAUAAGAAAUAAGUGGAGAAGAGGGGGGAUAAUUGAUCUUGCCAAGUCCAAUACUGAUAAUAAAGAUGUUGUGGCCCCAGGGGCCCGACCCCCAGCUCUUUGUGGAUUUGGACUCUCCCGUUUUCUUGCACAAUCUAAUUGGGAUUUUUAUUGGAGCACAGAGAUGUGAGGAUGUGUGGCCCCCGGGGGUCCGAUUGUCAUGAUCAUUUAAUUUGUGUGUUGUGUGCACUUGGGAAGCAAAUAAAUUAUCUGUCUCACUCA